GUCUCUCCCACAACAAUUAACCAAUAAACACUGGGAAUAUUCACAUCAUCCUACAAGAGAAGGACAAACUCCAGGUGUAGCAGCUGAAAUCUGUGUGACUGUUAAAGAUGGAGUUCAUUAAAGAGGAGAUUGAAGACAUGAGUGAUCCAGAACCAUCCAGAAUAAAACAUGAAGAAACUGAGGAACAAACAGGUUGGUGUCCAUUCUUGUUCUUCAAUAAUUAUGUGAAUUAAGAAGCAGUAUAUGGUUGAUAAACGACAGAGAAGUGCAUCUGCAUGUCCAUAACCUUGUAUAGCUGUUCAUGUAGCAAUACAUCUUAACAAGAACAGAACUGACCUUUGAACAUCAAAGAUCUGAUACUUUAUAAUCCCACAGACAGAUUCAUGAUGUCUUGUUUUCUGUUAAAUGUUCAUGUGAAUUUUCACAUUUAUCUUUCUUUAACUGAUUCUGACUACUUAAUGUUUAUUUCAGACCAGAUGGAAGUGAGACACAAACCAAAUCAAGCAAAGAAACACUGUGACUUCAAAACUCAAACAAAAGCCAAAAAGAUGCACACCUGCUCACAGUGUGGAAAGAGUUUCCAACAUAAAGGAGACCUUAACAGACACAUGAGAAUUCACACUGGAGAGAAACCGUAUACAUGCACUCAGUGUGGAAAGAGUUUCCCAUAUACAACUGGACUCAAAAUUCAUCUACUUAUUCACUCUGGAGAAAAGCCAUUUAAUUGUGAUCAGUGUGGUAAAAAUUUUAUUUCAUCAUCACAUCUAAAGCAACACCUGAAUGUUCAUUCAGAUGAGAGGCCUUAUGUGUGUUCUCUCUGUGGAAAGUGUUAUUCAUGGUUGGACAGUUGUAAACGGCACCAGAAAACACAUAAUGAAGUGAGAGAUCAUGCGUGCUUUGACUGUGGGAAGAGCUUUGCCAGAGCUACCGAUCUGAAACUGCACCAAAGAAUUCAUACUGGAGAAAAACCUUACAAGUGCUCAUAUUGUGACAAGAGUUUCAAUCGGUCUGGAAACCUGAAAAAACAUCAGCGAAUUCAUACUGGAGAGAAGCCAUACCACUGUACUCAGUGUGAGAAGAGAUUCAAACAUUCAUCAAGCCUUCACACUCAUAUGAAAAAAUAUUGCAAGUGA